UACACGCCACACGUUUUGAAUGGCUUUACUUUCGACGAAUACAAUUUUAUCUUUACAGGCUGUAGCCAAUAGAAUCAUAAAUAGGCGGAUCUAAAGUUUGCGCUUCUUUUAGCGUCAUUGACAACGGUAGCUUUCAUUCUGACAGCUAACGUUACAGCAGUAGAAAUAUUAACGCAAUUUGCAUUAGGCCAGUAACGUUAGCAACAUUAUGAGCCGCUGUACCAUUAUAAGGUCUGAACAUCAGUGUUUUCCGAAAAGCCAUAAAUGAUAGUAUUACCAAUUCAUAUCUACCAGGUUUUAAACUUAAAUGAAUCAAGCCAAACCAGCUAAAGAAAGGGUUGGCUCUUCGAUAACACAAAAUAAGCUCUUCAAAGAAAAUAAAAGGAUAACAUCUGGAAACAGGAGAAAGACCAAAGCUGUGAGAGUGUUGGCAGAGAGGAACCCGGAUGUGGCUCUGUUUGGGUAGAGAGCGGAGACGAGGGUCUGGAACAUACCGUGGUGAGGAGGACCGACCGACACUAAUAUAAAGCUGCAGAGAUGUGCUGAAAACGAGCUUCUUUGACUGGCACUACGAUACACGCUGGUAUUUCACACACCAGUUUACACACACCAGGGUGAUUUUGGUCCAGUGACUCUUAAUCUUUGUCAUGGGGACCCCUGGCUCUGCCUCUGCCUCUGCCUCCAAAAUAUUUGACACACUCAGUUCAUGGAUCUUUCUCCUAACCAGCUGGUGAUCUGAAUAAGGUGUAUUUAAUAAGGGAGACAAGCCAAAUGUGCAUAGCUGUGGGUCAGGAUUAAAAGCAACUGUUUAGGGCUGCGCCACUUUAGAAGAGAAAUUUAUAGGAAGAAAAAAAAAAGUUAUUUGUGCAGCCCAUCGUCUAACACCUCAAACCAGUUUAUUCCCUUCCUGGACACAUGGGGAGCGAGCAAUCUGCAGUCCCAGGACGGAGUCUGUUUCUUCACAUCGCCAUACACAUAAUACACGGGUAUUUACAGAGCAUGAUCCUUAUACAUCUAUGUGGAUCAUUUUGUUUUUGUGAUUUGACAGAAUGUAGCUGUGAGGGUGAGUUACUUUACGUUUGUGUAGGUCAGUAAAGUCAGGAAGCAUGAGAGACACAGACUAGCCGCUCGUCAGAGAGUUCAGGAGGGUGAUGAAUCCUCACAGCUGCCUGGUGGGAGAUGGAAACUGUCCCCUACUAGAGAUAAGCCAGAAUCACACUCUUGGAGAGAUGCUGAAGGUACAAAUUAUGGAGAAGAGGAAUACGAGCAGGAAGUGGAAGAUGAGAUGCUGCUGGGGCAACAUGAUCAACCUCUUGAUUUGCAUCACCACAGAAGCAAGACUGUAACUUUUCAAAACGAUAUGGUAUAUGAGCCAGCCACUGUUUGCUUCACCACUAACUACAGAGCUUCCCAAGUGCUUUGGCCUCAUGAGAAUCAGGAGGAGCUGCUUUAUUUACAACGGUGUCUCCUUUUUUAUUAGGGAGUCUCAGUUCCCCGUGUAUCGACGGCAUUUCAUGGACAUUGAGCGAGAGCGAGUGAAGGAGCACAGAAGAUAUGGGAACCAUCUGAAGAGAACUGCAAGGAUUAAGAAUGAAAAAGAACAACUCAGGAAAGCGGAGGAGAAGAAGAUGGAGAGGCAGCGACAGCAGGAGGAGGAAAGAAAAGACAUGGCUGAGAGGGAGGAUUUGAUUUUGGAGCGAUUGAGGCUUGAUGAGGAGGAGGCAGCAGAGAAGGUAGAGAGACAAGAGAAAACAAAGAGCAUCAAAGAAAGCAAAUGGUACAUAGAAGCCAUGCAGGCUCUAAUGAAAGAGAAGCUGGAGAAGGAUAAAGUCAAACUCCCUCCUCUGUGCUGCUGUGGAGACACUUUCUGGGACAGCCAUCCUUACACCUGCGCCAACAACUGCAUCUUCUACAACAAUCCUAAAGCUUAUGCUCUGGCUCUGCAGUCGGUCUUACUAAGCUGUGAUCUGAAGUAAGGAGGCUUUGGACAAUAUUUUUGGAAAUAUUUUUUUUUAUUGUACUAUAAAUGCUUUUAAAAUACCUAACAUAUUUCUAUGUAACCAGCAUUUUAAAUUUUUAAUAAACCUUACUGAACUGC